GGCGCCUCCGGGCCCGACGCGCUGCAGCCUCCAGUCCGCGGCAGGCGGGGCGGCCGCGCCUCUCGGACCCCGGGCCCCAGCCCGCAGCUCCGCGCGCGGUGCCCAGCCCGUAGCCUUCCCUGCGCGGGCCCGCUGGGCCGCCCCGUCGCGCUCCGCUCUGAAGCAAGUCACCGUGGAGCGCCGCCGUCGCUGCCCCGCCACUUUCACCCGGAGCUGGAAAUAUGGGAUGUAUAAAAUCAAAAAGGAAAGACAAUCUGAAUGACGAUGGAAUAGAUUUGAAGACUCAACCAGUACGUAAUACUGACCGAACUAUUUAUGUGAGAGAUCCAACGUCCAAUAAACAGCAAAGGCCAGUUCCAGAAUCUCAGCUCUUACCAGGACAGAGGUUUCAGACUAAAGAUCCAGAGGAGCAAGGAGACAUUGUGGUAGCCUUGUACCCCUAUGACGGCAUCCAUCCAGAUGACUUGUCUUUCAAGAAAGGAGAGAGGAUGAAGGUCCUGGAGGAGCAUGGGGAGUGGUGGAAAGCUAAAUCCCUUUCAACAAAGAGAGAGGGCUUCAUCCCCAGCAACUAUGUAGCCAAAGUCAACACCUUGGAAACAGAAGAGUGGUUUUUCAAGGAUAUAACCAGGAAAGAUGCAGAAAGGCAGCUUCUGGCCCCAGGGAACAGUGCUGGAUCUUUUCUCAUCAGAGAAAGUGAAACAUUAAAAGGAAGCUAUUCUCUGUCUGUCAGAGAUUAUGACCCUGUGCACGGUGAUGUCAUUAAGCACUACAAAAUUAGAAGUCUGGACAAUGGGGGUUAUUACAUCUCUCCACGAAUCACAUUUCCUUGUAUUAGUGACAUGAUUAAGCAUUACCAAAAGCAGUCGGAUGGUUUGUGCAGAAGACUGGAGAAGGCAUGUAUCAGUCCCAAACCACAAAAGCCAUGGGAUAAAGAUGCCUGGGAGAUCCCACGGGAGUCCAUUAAGUUGGUGAAGAGGCUGGGUGCUGGACAGUUUGGGGAAGUCUGGAUGGGUUACUACAACAACAGUACCAAAGUGGCUGUAAAAACCCUGAAACCAGGCACUAUGUCAGUGCAGGCAUUCCUGGAAGAGGCGAACCUCAUGAAGACCCUUCAGCACGACAAGCUGGUGAGGCUGUAUGCCGUGGUCACCAAAGAGGAGCCCAUCUAUAUCAUCACCGAGUACAUGGCCACAGGCAGUUUGCUGGAUUUCCUGAAGAGUGAUGAAGGGAGCAAAGUGCUACUUCCAAAGCUAAUUGACUUUUCUGCUCAGAUCGCAGAGGGAAUGGCCUACAUCGAGAGGAAGAACUACAUUCACCGAGACCUACGAGCAGCUAAUGUUUUGGUCUCCGAGUCAUUCAUGUGCAAAAUUGCAGAUUUUGGCCUUGCUCGAGUAAUUGAAGAUAACGAGUACACAGCAAGAGAAGGUGCCAAAUUCCCCAUUAAGUGGACAGCUCCAGAGGCCAUCAACUUCGGAUGUUUCACUAUUAAGUCUGAUGUGUGGUCCUUUGGAAUUCUCCUGUAUGAAAUCGUCACCUAUGGGAAAAUUCCCUACCCAGGGAGAACUAAUGCGGACGUGAUGACCGCCCUGUCCCAGGGCUACAGGAUGCCCCGCAUGGAGAACUGCCCGGAUGAGCUCUAUGACAUCAUGAAAAUGUGCUGGAAAGAGAAGGCAGAAGAGAGGCCAACGUUCGAUUACUUGCAGAGCGUCCUGGAUGAUUUCUACACGGCCACGGAAGGGCAGUACCAGCAGCAGCCUUAGGGCGGCGGGCUCUGAGCCAUGGGCAGGGAUGGCGGCCUCCCUCAAGAGGAAAAAACAGCGAUUGCUGAUCGCACGAGGUGUGAGGCCGGAAUACUCAGGAAGAGCGCUUUCUACGUGGAAAAGUGUUCCCUUCUCAUAGGCUGACGCCCACUGGUUUGCGGCUUGGACGACUCCCAGCUGGCAGUCCGGCUUUACUAGACCAACGUCGGGAUAUAGUCUUCUGAGAAAACACCAGUUCUAUUCGAAAGGCACCCACAUUGGCCUCUCGUUUACAAUUCGAUAUGCAACUCAAAGGUUUAGAGGUCAUCUUAAUGACCCGGAUGAGCUCUAUGACAUCAUGAAAGGCAAGAGGUACAUCUCAAUGAAUCCCAAAUAGUAGAACUAAUAAACUCAUUUGCAAAAGCGAAAUAACGAGAUGCGUAUGACACACCUUUGUAUUUUCUCUAUGCUUUGGCUUAUUUGUUAAGAAAUUACUAACCCAACGUGUUUGAUUUUGCAGGUGAAGUCAGAAGCUUAAAAAUAUAUUUCCCAGAUUUCAUUGAUAUCCCCUCCCCCCUAAAACCUUAAGACUGUCAAGCAUUUUCCUUCCACUAAGAUGCCCAGAGCCCCCAGUGUGUAGCCGCCUCCGCAGUACUCGUCUGGUCUGCUUCCUGUCGUAGCGUCUUUUGUGCGCACGCAGAGCAGUGGGUUCCGCGCGUCCUGGACCCUCCCCGCCGGCUGCCGGGCUCACCCAGGCCUCCCAGGAAGAGGAGAAGAGCCUCAGGGACUGCUCCACCUUAAGAAGGAAUAUUUUUAACAAUCCAGCUCUUCAAUUCCACAAUUUCCUGUAUACAGACUUUUGACAAUUUAGUUUGGAAGAACAAUAAGAUUCUAAUCUGCAGAAAUUUACAGGGCCUUAAGAAACAUAGGAAUUUCCUUUAUCGCUUCAUAUGAUUUGAACAUUAUUUUAAUGAUCAAAUGUUAAUUUUAGUUGUACUCUAGAAAGUAAAAAUGACAUUUGGGGCUAUUUUUGUGAUUCAGAUCUUUUCUAAAUUGAAUAAGAAUGUGUGUGAGACUAUACAUGGAUAUGAAGGAAAAAUGAGUGACUAUGGAGGCUCAGAUGAGCCACUUUAGCAAGGGAUACAGGAGGUUUCGUUUACUAAAUUUUUUCUACUGUAACUUUGGGAAAUGCUAUAUCACAUCAUGUUUCACUUAUGCUGUUGUGUAUAUACCUAAUAUUUCUAUUUUUUGAUUUUAUUUUAAUACACCUGGCCCAGUAACAUCUCAAGCUUUUUACUUGUGUUCAACAUUUCCAGUUGUUGUCAACAUAUAAAUGAGUGUAGACCAGGAAAAUGAGAGGUGAUUUCAUACAGUUACAUUGUUUUAAAAAUGUGUACAAGUUUACCCCCAUCCUUUGAGCAUGUUCAGAUUAGAGAAUGGAGUUGCUGAUGGCUUGGACACCUGAGCAUCCCUGUUGGGUACCACAUAGGAUUUAUUUUCAAAUAGGCAUAGCAGGCACCAUUAAAAUUUCAUUUUGUAUGUGUGGCUAGCUGUUGGGUGCUGAGGGGAAGAGAUAGCCUACUUUUUCCUAAAUUUUAACUUCUUCUCCUGUGAAAAAUUUUUUUAAUGUCCUUUCUAAAAGUCUUGAUUCACAAGUUGGAUUCACAAAUUCUUGAUUUGCCAUAUUCACAGAGAUAGAAUAUCAUCAUCAUAUAAUAUCUGCACAGCUGGUUGCUUGAUUCACAGUGGUUAAGUUUUCUACACACACACACCUGUCCACAUUUUAUUUCAGAAUUCCACAUAUGACCCAACAUAUUACGUGGAAAGAAAGUAUAAAGAAUCCCUAAAGCAAAAAGAAGUCUCUAGAAAUUACUAAACUUUGUUUUUCUUCUUUCAAUUCUGCUUACUUUUCCAUUGUACAUGCAGAUCUCUCAAGUGGUAUGUGAGCCUUUCUUCCAGAUGUCUGCUUCAUUGCCUUGAGACCUCAUCAACCCCCUUUCAGCAUGUGCCCGAGCCACACAGGACUCAGUGGACAGAGAGCACAGUCUUCCUUGGGCAGCAGGAUUCCAGCCUCCUCAUGACUGAGGGGCACAGUGAGGGGCUGAAUAGGGGUUUGCGUAAAUCUCAGGGACUCCAGUGGUGAGCAGAAUGGCCUCCAUCAUCAUGUUCCAGGUCAUUAUUGAGCACUUGAAAAGUAGAAUGCCUAUCCGCACCCCCAAGGUCCUGCCUUUGUUAUUCUGCAGUGUGGGAUGUACAUCAGUAAACUUGAAAAGCUUCCCUGGUGACUUUUUAUACCUAGGCUUGACCCAUUUGCAGAAUUAUCUGCUCAAAAGAAAACCAACCCUCUCUUUCCUCAGAUGGCUUGUUGCCCAAAAGAGGAUGUAGGAGAAGAGCAGGAAGGAGAAAAUGUUCCUUUUUCCCUCAUUAUGAACCUGAAGCUCACUGAACCUGAAGUAAAACUUGUAGAACUGACGCUGAUGUCCUUAGUAGAAGGCAACACUUGGUGCUCCCUCAGCCCUCCAAGCAGCUUCCCUGGGGUCUGUCAGAGCCCCACUGGAAAGUAUAUUGCCCAGGUGUUCUUUUGGAGGAGAUACUCUACUGCAGGAGACUUGACCCUGUCCGAAGAGUGUGUAAGAGGUCAAUAAAAGGAGGCCCCAUACUUACUUGCUUACACAGAGGGAUAGAUCAAGGGCAGUGAGCUGUAAGCAUAAACUCAUUUCCAAUUUUGCCUGUAAUGAUGGCUUUCCCUUGGAAUGAACAAACUACAUCUGGGGAAGCAGCUGCUAAAGGUACUCAGUACUGAAACACCAGCAUUUGAAUUAAAACAAAAACUCCAUAGCUCAGCUCCCAGGCUUUAUGAUUUUAACUCAUACUCUACCACCAGUUAGUUUCUUGCAUUCUCAUCCAAAAACAUGCUCAAAUGAGAUUACACCUCCUGUUUUCUGUUUCUGCCUAGUUAAAUUGGGACUCCAGCUCUCUGUGUCCUACAUUUUGACUACUGAACUCUUUAGAUGAAGUGAGGAUGGACUUAACCAUUUUUCCUGAUGUAAGUGGUGAUUACAAAUACACAAAGAUACACAUACACCCACCAUUUGCUCAGUGCCCUCUUUGUGCUUUGGCAUUUUAUGAAAAUUACAUCUGAGUCACACAACACCCCUUGAAGGUAUGGACAGUUCUGUCACUAUUUAACAGCCGAGAAAUCAGCUGCAUUCAAGGCCACAGAAGGAGAAACCUGGCUUCACUUCAUGCUACAUCCUAGUGAAAUAAAAGAAGUCACUCUAUAGUGAAUCUCCCUGACGCAGUGGGGUGUUCUCAGGGCAAAGGAAGUACUUACAGAAUGUUUCUAUUGGAGGUCACACAGAUGUGAGGGAAAAUUUCUAUUAAUUUAGGAAGAAAAGUCAUGCAAGAAUUCGACUCACCACUCACUUUUUUAAAAAGCAAUUUACAGAGACUGCAUUCUGAACAAAACGCUUUGAUAACAUUUAUGCUUCAUUUUGUAACAUGAAGUUGCACUAAACUGAUAAAAUCUUAUCUCAGAAAAUGCUAAUCUGAUAGAUGUAUAGGAGGAAAGCCAUCCAAUUUAAUUUCCUGUGUUCAUAUGACUAAAUACUUAAGGUAAGAGUGAGUACCAGAAAUGACAUGGGGUUCUCAAAAAUCAUGUAAUCUUUGGUAUUCCCCUAAAAUAUGGAAAUCAUAAAGGCAUUCUUAGUGGUCUCUAUAAGUCAUUGGAAAAAUUAGAAAUAACCUGGAUUGGCAAAUGUGCAAUAUUAACACAGAACUCUAGAAUCAAAGGUGACAUCAUUUACAGCACCAAAUGCAGAUACCAAUUCACGACGACGGGAAUAAUCUGUGAAUUUUUUUAUUGUACUUAUGCUGGACUUGGACAACAAAUCCUUACUCUCAUCAACUACUGUUAGGGUCAGAUGUGUUAUUAUUAUUUCAAGUUUGUUUUUUUUUAUCUAAAGGUUAAUGCAAUGACUAUAUUGACUAUUUGGUGCUUUACCUUCAGUGGACAUGGGGGAAUAACCCUUAAAUCACAUAAAACAUGUUUUGCAGAAAAAUGCCUGAAUUCAUACUCAGUGGAAUGAAUGUAGCCUAAAAAAUAGCUUCAGGUCAAGUUUGGCCAUCAAAUGAGUUUUUUAAAAAACUUGACCUAAAGAGUUUUCCAGACUUUGGGAUUGUGGAUAAGGGGCUGGAUCUGGACCCAAAGAGCUUGAAGAAUGUGUGAGACUCAGAGGUGCAUCCACUCAGAUGGCGGCAUGAGGAUUGUGCAUAAAACCCAUUUUAUGCAGCCAUGUUCUAAGCUGAAAAUAUUUAUGCAUCUCUGAAACAAUCAGUCAUUAAAAUAAUCUCUGAUCAAAUACA